AUGAUAUAUUCCAAAGUGUUUACAGGAUUGACUUUGUCGAUUCUAGUAUUCCAAAAGGUGCAUAGUUUAGAAAGUUUAGAUACUGAGAUAAAUAGUUAUGAAUAUGUGACUACUCAAACAGAAGAGGAUGUUACUAACUCUAGUAUAUUUGGUGCUUUAAACUGUGCAACAACUACUGAUAGUUUAUCUUCAACAAAGGCAGCUGAACAAAAGUAUGUUGACUUUGAAGAGGUUUUACACAAAACAGAUAAUCAUGAAAAUAUACCUGGGAUUUUAACAAACUACCCAGUUACUUAUCCAUACACCGAAAAGAUGAAUUUAAGACCUUUACCCAAUAAUCAUUUAUUGAUCUCUUUCAUCUUUGAUAUGAGUUCUGAACCCUUUUAUCCAAAUAAAAAUGCUCUAGAUUCUGGCCAAUAUUCACAUUAUACAGUAUUUCCUAAAAUUAUAAAACCAUUAUUAGAAUUGACUUCUACACGUCAAUUCCAACUUAGAUUUACGAGAGGUUAUUGGGAUUCGGAGACAUGGGGGGCAUUGCCUUAUAAUGGGUUUAAAUCAGGCGGUUCUGGAGUAGAAUUGUGGGCCACAAUCGAGGCUACUUCAAAAGAAACUGCAUAUGAGAAAUGGAAGACUUUAGCCAAUUAUUUAAGUGGCCAUUUUUGUGCAUCAAUUAACUUUAUUGAUAAUUCUAAAACAAGUUUCCCUCAAUAUACUUUCGGUAGUUUCUUUAAUGGUAAAGAAGAAAGAAUACCUUUAUUUGAUCAAAAAAGAGAGAACACUGAUUUAUAUGUUUUACAUGCUUCUUUAGCUAAUGAGCCUGUAUGCACAGAAAAUUUGACUCCAUUAAUUAAGUUUUUACCGGCAAGGGGUAAAACGGGCAUUUCUUCGUAUUUGGAUGGCCAUAAGGUUUUUGACUCCAUUUGGCAUAGUGUUUCAAUCGAUGUUGAUACAUUUUGUGAACGAGAAGAUGGACAGUGUCAAUACAAGAUGGAAGCUAAUGUUGACAUGGUAAUUCAUGUCCCAAAUACCCUUGAAAGAUUUGAGAAUCCUAUUCCAAAACCUGUAGCCGGUGAUAAAUUGAAAUGUGAUUUAAGUAAACCAUAUGAUAUAUAUGAAUGUUUUCCUUUAUCUGAAUCAACAGAUACAAAUUUUUCAUUAUCGCAGUUAUUUAAUAAAACAAUUAAAGGUUGCAACAAUUUCAUUAAGGAACCGACUACUAUAUGUGUUCAAACUACCAAUGAAUGGGAUAUAACUUUAAAAGUGAUUGAAGAUGGUCAAAAGGAUUCAUUUUUUGGUACACCAGACAAUUGUUUUGAAUUGGUCUCUUCGAAAGAAUAUGAUUUAAUAAUUGAUACCCAUAAUUCUCAAAAUGUUACACUCAUCGAUGAGGUCCCUAUUUAUGUUAGUAGAUCCUUGACUGGGUAUGGUCAAGAUCAUGGUGGUUUGCGUACGCUUUUGAGAAAUCCAAGUGAAACACCAGUUAAAAUUAUCUUCUAUGAAUCUCUACCAUGGUUUAUGAGACUUUAUUUAUCUACAUUAACAGUGGAGAGUACUGAUCCAAGUAUUAACAGGGAUACAAUAAUGGAAUCAAUGUAUUAUUCUCCCGCUAAAGAUAGAGAAAAGCCUGCACAUAUAGAAUUUUUACUUGAGAUUCCACCAUUGACUACAGUGACAUUCUCUUACCAAUUUGAUAAGACACUUUUGCAAUUUGCAGAAUAUCCACCAGAUGCCAACCAUGGGUUUGAAAUUGAGGCCGCAAUAAUCACUAUCGUUUCACCAAAGCUGUAUCAAUUAAGAACUUCCACAUUAUUGUUAUUAUUAUCCACACCAGAUUUUAGUAUGCCAUACAAUGUUAUCAUAAUUACAUCAACAGUUAUGGGAUUAAUAUUUGGGGUUAUGUUCAAUUUGUUAGUGAAACGUGUGGUUACUUUAGAAGAGGCAGAUAAGAUUUUGGUUGAACGUAGUAUAAAAUAUAAGCUGUUAGUAUUAAAGCAGCAUGUAUUGAGAAAAAUUGGAUUAACUUCGUAG